AGCAGGACUUCAGACAGUAAACUGUGGAUGCUGCUGCACAGGAAAUGCUUUGUGGACUUCUGUUAGUCAUUUAGCGGCUUCACUUCUCGAAAGGAUCUCUGUCUGAGAACACGGAGCGUAAAGAGAGAGGAAAUAAAGUGAAGACAGCGCGAGCCGGGAUGCUUGAAUUAGGACGUUUCGCUUUGACCACAGCAGCAGUUGUUGCGCUGCUGUCCUGCGUCUUCUCCUUCAACGUGGACUCGAAGAACUCUUUGUCGUUCGACGGUCCGCUGGAGGACAUGUUCGGGUACACCGUGCAGCAGUUUGAGAACAGCGAGGGGAAAUGGGUUCUGAUUGGAUCGCCGCUGUCGGGCCAGCCGGCCAAACGGACCGGAGACGUUUACAAGUGUCCCGUCGGGAGGGGGGGGAACACGUGUGUGAAACUGGAUCUGCCCACAAACACAACCAUUCCCAACGUACACGAAGUGAAGGAGAACAUGACCAUGGGAAGCACGCUGCUGACCAAUCCCAGCGGAGGAUUUCUGGCCUGUGGUCCUCAGUACGGCUACAUGUGUGGGCAGCAGCAGUUCAUCUCCGGCGUCUGUGCGAACGUCAGCGACUCGUUCCAGGUCCUCAACUCUUUGGCUCCCGCCGUGCAAGAGUGUGCGAAGGAGCUGGACAUCGUAAUGGUUCUGGACGGAUCCAACAGUAUUUAUCCCUGGAGCAGCAUCAUCGAAUUCCUGGUGAAGUUCCUCAAGAACAUCCAGAUCGGACCCAAACUCUCUCAGGUGGGCAUAGUGUCUUAUGGACAGACGGUGACUCACAGAGUGAAUCUGAGUCAGUUUGAGAACAACGAGGAUCUGGGGGAUUUUGUGAAGGAACUUCCUCAGCAGACCGGAUUCAAGACCAUGACGUUCCUGGGCAUCGACACUGCCAGGAAGGAGGCGUUCAUGCCGGAGCGCGGCGCUCGACCCGGGGUGAAGAAGGUGAUGGUGAUCGUGACGGACGGAGAGUCACAUGACUUCUAUAAUCUGAACAAAGUGAUCGGAGACUGUGAGGAUGACGACAUCGAGAGGUUCGGCAUCGCUGUUUUGGGAGACUACAACCGUCAGAACAAGAGCUCAGAAGAAGUGAACAAGUUCAUCAAAGAGAUCGCGUCCAUCUCCAGCGAGCCGCUGCACGACCACUUCUUCAACGUGUCGGACGAGGUGGCGCUGCUGAGCAUCGUCGACGCUCUGGGGAGCAAGAUCUUCGCCUUGGAGGCUACAACCGGAAACUUCACCUCCUCCUUCGAGAUGGAGAUGUCCCAGGCCGGGUUCAGUGCUCACAACUCUAAAGACGGCGUGAUGCUGGGAGCGGUGGGAGCGUACGACUGGAACGGCACCGUGGUGAUGCACACGGCCGCAGGGACCAUCGUUCCCGGGAAGAAUGACUUCUACGACCCGGAGACCGAGGCCGGGUACGAGGGACUGGCCGGGUACCUCGGAUAUGAUGUGCAGUCGGCCUCCACCCCUGAUGGAGUUCUGUACAUCAGUGGAGCUCCGCGAUACAACCACACAGGAAGAGUGGUGAUUUACCGUCUGAACGACAGGAACAACGUCGUGGUGUCGCAGAUCCUGAAGGGAGAACAGAUCGGUUCGUACUUCGGCAGCGUCCUGCAGACGGUGGAUGUGGACGGAGACUCCUUCACAGACCUGCUCUUAGUCGGAGCUCCGAUGUUCAUGGGAACAGAAAGAAACGAGCAGGGACAAGUCUACGUCUACAAAAUCAACCAGGAGAACCAGUUUGACCACCAGUUCACUCUAAAGCCUGUGAACCAGUCGUGCUGCACGGCUCACUCUGAAGGCUGCACCAAUCAGAACGAGCCGUGUGGAGCUCGCUUCGGAACGGCCAUCGCUGCCGUCUCCGACAUGAACCUGGACGGAUUCAAUGACGUGGCGAUCGGCGCUCCGUUUGAGAACGACCACAGAGGAGCCGUGUACAUCUACCACGGAGAAAAGACCUCGCUGAAGGAGAAAUAUGUCCAGCACAUCCCUGCUGGAGGUGACGGUGUGAAGGUGAAGUUCUUCGGUCAGUCCAUCCAUGGAGUCAUGGAUCUGAACGGAGACGGGAUCACUGACGUUACCAUAGGAGGUCUGGGAGGGGCUUCUCUGUUCUGGUCCAGAGACGUCGCAGAGCUCCGAGGCAACAUGACCUUCGACCCCGUUAAGAUCAACCUGCAGCAGGCUCAGCAUCAGUGUGAGCACGGAGGACGUAAAUCUGUGUGUGUGAAGACGGAGGUGUGUUUCGUCUACAGCGUCAAAUCUGACCAGCUGGCCGAACACCCAGCUGCAGGUAUCCGCUACACUCUGACUCUGGAUGCUCUGCGUGCGAAAGCGAGGGCGUCGUUCAUCGGCUCGGACGAAAAGAGCGACCGCAGAGUCGCCAGGACGUUCAAUAUCAGCCACAGAGAGAAAAAAUGUGCUCAAGAAACCUUCAUGAUGUCGGCCCGUCUGGACUUCAGAGAUCCUCUCAUGGUGUCUCUGGAGUUUGGCCUCUCAGAUGAAGACCAAGGCCCCGUCCUGGAUGAAAACCUCCCUCGAUCCAUCAACAAGACAAUUCCCCUGGUGGACUGUGGAAGUGAUGAGAAGUGCAUCGCUGAUCUCUCUCUCAAAGCAGUGCCUAGUGUCAAUAAGAUGAUGAUCAGAACCAACAAAGACAAGAUCGACGUGAACAUCAACGUGAGGAACAGCAAAGACAACGCGUACAACACCAAAGUCAUCCUCAGCUUCUCCCCAAACAUCAACUACGUUAAAGUGGAGCCGGAGAAAGCGUGCACGCUGAAUCACACGAAGGUGGAGUGUGCGGUUGGAUACCCUUUCUUAGGAAGCAACGUAGAGGAAGACUUCAAAGUGAGAUUUGAGGUGAAUCCCAAACACAUCCAGGACGUGAUUCAGAUCAACGUGACAGCCACGAGUGACAGUGAGGAGCUGGAGUCGACGCUGCACGAUAACUCGGUGCAGAUCUCCAUCCCCGUGAAGUACCAAGCUGGAAUCAUCUUCACUGUGCGUCCUAUGGAUGAACACGUGGUGGUGAAAGACGGUGAGACGUUUGCGAGUUCGUUCAACGAAACGAAGAUGAUCGGAGAGGAGGUCAACAUCAGCUACACGGUGGAGAAGUCAGGUGACAUGGUGACUCCUCCUCUGGACCUCUAUGUGGUUUAUCCUAAACUCUCGCCUCGGGAGAACAACCUCCUGUACCUCAUAAACGUCACAUCCAGCGCCAAGGUUGUAUGUGACGCAACUCGGUUGAUCAACUAUCAGCAAAUUAGUAGUAUUAAAAUAGUUUACCCGAAUCCGAAGAAGGAAACUCUGAGCGUCUUCCUGCUGAGAUGUGAGAACCAGUGUGCGUCCUUCAGAUGUUCGCUCCCUGAGAACACCUCCAGCCAGGUCAACGUCACGUUCAGAGUCUGGAAGCCCACCUUCAUCACGGGGGAGUUCACCAGUCUGUACAUGCUGGUGAACGCCACGCUGAAGAUCACAAACACAGACCUGUUCGAACUGAGCGACAACACCAGGAGUACGAAGAUCCAGGUUUCUAAGGAGUCUUCAGGAGGAAUCCCCAUCUGGAUCAUCAUCAUCAGCAUCCUCAUAGGACUGCUCAUCUUAGCACUCGUCAUCUUCGCUCUCUGGAAGAUGGGCUUCUUCAAGAGAAAAUCCAGAGACUACUCGAAGGAGGACAUGAUGGACUGAGGACACCCAGCAGCUCUGUGACAGCAGACUUUAAAACAGGCAGUCGGACAGACGGAGGAAACGCCAAAGGACCCACACACACCUCGGAGCAUACGACAUCAUGAAGACCUGGAAAAAAUAAACAAGCCUGCGUCAAAUAAUAUCUGCAAAUACUUCCCGGUGAUGCUUCAGGUUCACACACACAGAGAGGGCUGCUUUAAAUUGUAUUUGCGAAUACUAUUUGUUGUAGAUCAGCUUCUUACUUGCAUUCAAUAUCACAUCAAGUCAAAAAAGGAACCACAAAAGAGGAGGAAGAAGCCAUAACUCAGCAGGAAUCUGUUGGCAAGGAAGCGAAUAUCUGUAUUACAUACAGCUGUUUUACCUAAGAGCUAGCUGCUCUCCGGCUUCAAAGGAAAAAAAGUACUCAGGUUUUUCUGUGUGCAGAUCAAAUGUCGCGACCUCACUUUCUUUCUUUGUCAUUACAGCAUCAACGUCCAAAGGUCUGUUUGCUUUUUAAACAUAUAACAUGUGAACUUUACACGUGUUGGAGCAGUUCAAACUAAGCGAAUGUGCUUUAUUAGCAAUACAAGUACGGAAGCACUGAGAUGGAAGUAAAAAAAAAUGGUGAUCCAACUUUACCCGUUUUCCAGGUCUUUUUUCUGUUGUGUUUAUGAUGUAGGAACAUUUUAAGAAUCAUAUUUUCCUUUUGUAUUUCUUCAUAUUUUGUAUUGUUUGUUGUUGUAAUAUUAAUUUUAGCCACAAGAGGCACUAACUCUAAACACAAGAGCCGCUUUCACACCAAGUACUUUGCCGUACUUAGUACCCAGCACUUAGUACCCAGCACUUAGUACCCCAUGGAACUAAAGAGC